AUGCUAUGGAAAAUGGGCGAAAAAUGAAUAAAGGUUUAAUAGAUGAUUUCGUUGAAGAUUUAGAAAAUGAAAAUUUUAGUGGCAUUAUUGAGGUUAUUGAGGUUAUUAACUCUGUUAACUCUAAUACAAAAAAGGAUGACAAGAAAGAUUUACAGUCUGAACAAAAAAAUAAUGAUGAGUCAUUAUCUCAACAAAAUAAAAAUAAUUCAAACGAUAACGAAGAAAAUCCCUGGCUUCAAACUGAUACUGCAGUUACUUCCAAAAUAUUAAAUCAUAAAAAUAAUAAACGAAUUAAAUCAUUAGGAGAAAACAAAUCUGAUAAAUUAAUUUCGAAAACAAAGAAACAUCAAUUGAAAAAUCAAAUAAAAGAGGACAUUGUUGAAAUUGAUGAAUCUAAAAAGAAGGAAAAGAAGAAAAAGAAAAAUGUAACAUUCAACAACAACAUCAACCACACCACUAAAAUUGAUGAAAAUUUAAGUGAUUCCAAUGAUGAGAAUGAUGAAGCAAUUAAGAAUUUUGUGCAUAUAAAGAAUUCUACUGCAUUUUCACAUCGAGAAUUAGUUGCUCGAGCAUUUGCGAAUGAUAAUGUUGUUGAU